ACGUUUUCGAAAUUUAAAAAAUUACAUUAUUUUUUUUUAAAAUGGCAAAAUCAUCUAUAAAAAAGGAAAAUAAAAGCACUAAUGAAGAAAGGAAAGUUCACAAAAUACCUGUAAAAAAGGGAGGGGUUUUUAAGUCAGGAAUUUCUAAAGAACAAUCAAAAUCUACAAUAAAAAAUAUAAAAAAAGAAAUAGGGAAAAAAAAGAAAAAAGAGGAUAACUUGGCUAUGAAAGAAUCUCACAAAAAUGAUUCAAGUUCUAGUUUAGAUAGUUUAGAAAAAAAAUCUACAAUCACAACCAGGGUACCUUCUGAAGUAAAACUAGAAGAGUCAGACCCUAAGAAAUUUAAGGAAAAGAGAAAUUCAUCUGAAAGUAGUUCAGAAAGCUUAUCAGAAAACUCAUCGGAGAAUUCAUUAAAAGAAAGCUUAGCUAAAGUUCCAAGUCCUAAAAAUUCUUCGGAAGAUUCGGAUUCUGAAGAUUCUUCUGAAAGUUCAAGCUCGGAAAAUUUGUCAGAACAUCUUAAAUCAUCAGGAAAUAUGUUGAAAAAGCCAGAUUAUUCCAAUAUUUCUGGCUCAUCAGAUGCUUCAAGUUCCUCUGAUAGCUCUAAUUCUUCUAAUGAGUCAUGUCUUUCAGAUGAAUCGAGUUCUGAUUCAGAAUCUAAUUCCGAUUCUGAUUUAAAUUCUGAUUCUACCUCUAAUGAUUCUAAUUCUGAAAAUUCUUUAAAAGGUUCUGUUUCUAUAGAUUCUACUGUAAAUAAAAUGCAAGAAACCAAAGAAAAGGUCAAUUCUAGGGUAAAGUCGAAAAGAAAAAAGUCUGAAAUAAAACUCGAGAAUCUUACUAAAAAAUCCUCUCAAAAUCUUAUAGAAAAUGAAACUGGAAGGACAAAUAGUCCGCAAUUUAAUAAAGAUCAAGAUGAUGAACCGAGUGAUAUCGAAGAAUUAAGUAGCAAUGAAUCAUAUAAUAAUAAACUUAUUGAUAAUAAAAAAUUGAAAGAUAAUGAAGAUUCGAGUGAUAGUGAUUCAAGUAGUGACAAUACUUCAAAUAAUAAUGAAUCAGAUGAUAAUAAAAAUUCAACUAGCACAGAUGGUUUUCAUACUAUUAAUGACUCUAAUAAUAAUUCUGAUGGCGACUUGGAUGAUUCCGCUAGCACUUCUACUAGCAGUUCUAGCGGUGAUUCUAGCGAUUUAACUAGCAGCUCUUCUGGUGAUUCUGCUAGUAAUAUUGUUACUGAUUCUACGAGUGAUUCUGAAACCUUGUCAAGUAAUAAUAAAAAUACUAAGCAUUCUACAAGAAAUGUACUUUCUAAAAAAAAAGCUAAAGAAACUAAAAUGCAUUUGGAAAAUGUUUCUAAAAAUAAAAAUAUUGGCAAUAAUUUUUCAAAAAGUGAAAAUAUUUCCAAAAAAAACAAGCACGAUUUUAAAACUGAACACUUCGAUAAUAUUGAUGAUAAAUUGGAAAAAGAAACUAGUAAUUUCAGUUCACAUGAUUCUACUAAAAAAUUAUCUGAUAAUAAAAAUAUUAAAGAUAAUAAAAAUUCAUCAAGAAAAAGAAAAAAUGCAUCUAUAGAAAUGGAUAAAAAAGAAACUAAGAAGAAUAAAACAAAUAUUGGAGAAGAUGCUGAAGGAUCUAAAACUAUUUUUGUAGGAGGUCUUAGUUGGAAUGUGGAUGAUAGUUGGCUUGCUAAAGAAUUUGAGAGUGUUGGUACUGUUCUCAGUUCUAGAGUUAUUAGUAAUAAGAAUUCUGGGAAGUCAAAAGGAUUUGGAUAUGUUGAGUUUUCUACACCUGAAGAAGCGCAAGCUGCUCUUGCAUAUUCAGGAAAGGAAAUAGAUGGACGUGUUAUUAAUGUCGAUAUAAGCACUGGAUUAUCCUCUACUUUUAAAAAUAAUGCUAAUAUUCGUGCAAAUAAAUAUGGAGAUGUUCGAAGUCCAAAAUCUGAUACUCUUUUCAUUGGUAAUUUGUCAUUUAAAGCUAACGAGGAAGCUGUAAGAAGUGCAUUUUCAAGAAUAGGUGGAAUUGUAGAAAUUAGACUGCCUACUAAUCGUAAAACGGGCCAAUUAAAAGGUUUUGGUUAUAUUCAAUUUUCUAGUAUUGGAGAUGCAGAAAGGGCUAUUGAGAUGAAUGGUCAUCUUAUUUCUGGGCGUCCUAUUCGUCUCGAUUUUUCUAUUAAAAAAGAUAAUAUUACAGAUACUACUUUUAAUAGUUCAUUAAGUAAUUAUAAAAAAAAAGAAAAUAAGGCACCUCAAAGAGUUAAUUUUGGAGGGAAAACUAAUUCUACUAAUCGUAGUGGAUUUAAUGAAUUUUCUGGUAAAAAAACUAAAUUUUAAGAAAAUGCUUAAAUUAUUUAAAUAUGAUAAAUUUUUUUCUAUU